AUGGACUUUGUGGUCAAAUUAACCAACCAAAGUCAGGGAAGAGAUCGCGUUUUCCGGGCGACCCAGUACACGUGUGCGCUCAGCGUCUACCUGCUCAGGAACUCCUCCAACAAGAAGGAGCUGGUGUCCAAGCUCAGGAGCCUGGAGAGCCACAUGAGCGGGGGCCGCAAAUUGUUCAGAUUGGGGAACACUCUCCACGCCAUUGACGCUGCCAAACGGACCGUGCGCAUCGCUGACCCCGUGCUGUGCCUCUCGCUCACCGCCGCCAACCUCAGCCGCUCCUUGUACUUCCUGUGCGACAACCUCCUCUGGCUCCGGAACGUGGGCCUCCUCCGGGACGUGGACAAGGAGCGCUGGAGCCUCCACGCCUCCCGAUGCUACUUCUUCUCUCUGCUCAUGAGUCUCAUCCGGGAUUCUUACGUCAUCGGACAGCUAAUGGUCCAGAAGGCCAGAGACAAGGGCUUUCGAAGGAGGAUGAACGCGCAUCUUGAAGAAAGCGCAGAAAUCGCAUCCUGCUGUAGCCCUGGAUACACUCAAGAAUAUCUGUGA